AUGGUGACGCUCGACUCCGACGACCACUACGAACAUCUCGGCGUGCCCACCGGCUACUAUCAAGGCUCAUCCGCUGAGAAGACGAUCAACAAAAUGCACCAGUGCCUCGACAAGGUCCACAACUCGUUGCUGGCUCCAUGGCAGAAGGCUGAUGCCGUCAAGACCUUCAUCCUCCCGUGCAUCGGCUUCCACCUGAAGAACGGCUACGUGGAGAAAAAGAAGCACCUCAUCCCCUUCGACAAGAAGCUCAAGAAAUACGGCAAAAUGUGGCUCAACCUGCCAAGUCAAGCAAGCCCUGAAGUGCUCUACCUGCCGAAUGAGAUGGGAGGACUCGGCUUCAUCCAGACGAAGACCCUCGCCGACGUGAUGCAGCUGGUGCAUGCUGUCCAGUUGUUGGAGUCGACUGAUCUCGGCCCAAUGACUGCUCAGCUGCUCCGCACGGCUGCCCAGAAGAAACUCCUUCGUGCGCCAACCGACUCCGAAGUGGCCGACUACCUGAACCAGAAGCUCGACGGUGCCUUCGAGACGUACUACGCCGACACGCGCAACAUGUGGACAAGAGUGCGACAAGCAACGGGACGGCUGGUCAAGACGGACAAGCUCGACGUGAAGUGGACCUGGGCCAACGACAAGAUCCAACUGCUCGUGCUCGGAUGUGGCGUCACCAAGAAGACGUGUGAGAAGAUGCUCAAGGGCGCCGUCCAUCAAGCUCAACUCGUUCACCUCACCGCCAAAAAGAGUCAGGGGAAGGUCUACAACAUCACCGCUCGCCAGCCCUGCUCCAACUACUUCAUGCGUGACGGACGCUUCCUCCGUUUUGCGGAUUGGCGCUUCGUUCACCGCGCAAGACUCGACGUGGUGCCGCUGAAUGGAUGCAAGCGUGCCCGUGAUCACCAUGACAAGACCUGCCGUAGAUGUGGCGCCACGAUCGAGAGCGUCGCCCAUGUGCUCAAUCAUUGUCCAGUCCACAACCAUGCGAUCACCCUCCGUCACAAUGCCAUCGUCGACCGCCUCAUCAACGCCAUCAAGUUGCCCGACACCACCACAAAAUACGUCAACGUCAAGAUCCCCGGCACCGAUGGUCAACUACGUCCCGAUCUCGCCCUCGUCGACCAUGUCAAGAAGCGUGUGACGAUCGUGGAUGUGACAAUGUCGUUCGAGAACUACGACCUGAGCGUCUUCGAAUCUGCACGUGACGGGAAGCUCCGCAAGUACGCCGACAUCUUCAACAAGUUCAACGCGGACGGCUACGACACGUUCCUGGGCGCCUUCAUCGUGGGUCCGCUCGGUGGAUGGGAUCAAGGAAACGAAGUAGUGCUGCGCCGCCUCGCCAUCUCGGUCAAGUACGCUGGUCUGAUGAAGAAGUUGAUGGUCGCCGACGCGGUACGCUGGUCCAAGGACAUCUACAUCGAGCACGUCUGCGGGCAACGUCAAUACCAAGCC